AUGGACGCAGACUGGGAGUUGGAAGAGGGUAUUCCUCAGGUCGAGGAUCCCUUUAUCCAGAAGUAUCUGAAUGGUCGCAACUCUUUGAUCGCCCAGGAACAGAAACAACGUCAUGAUGCCAAUCUUCGAAAAUCUCUCUCCCCCGUCGCAGACAGAGCAUGUCGAAUCGUCUCCAAAAUCCGCGCCCGCGAGCGAAAACAGGUCUGGUCCAAGGAACUCGAUGACCCCAAGGACGACAACGAGACUACCCAUCAAGCGGACGAGAUCCUAUACCCAGGAGUCAUGUUUCACUUAGCCAGAAAUCGAAUGGAAAAGACUAAGCUCUGGAAGAUUGUUCAACACAUGCCCAAGGGCUCGUUGCUUCAUGCCCAUCUUGAUGCCAUGUUUGAUAUAGAUUUCUUGAUCGAUCUGGCCUUUUCUACGCCAGGGAUUCAUAUAUGGGCACCUCAGCCGCUGCGGUCACAGACGGAUUUUGAUGAGGCGCCGUUUUACUUCCGAUACGCGUCGUUGUCGACCGGGACUGGCGAGGCAGCGGUUUGGUCUGAGAGUUACAAGCCUUCUUCGUUGGUUGAUAUUCACACGGCUGCUGCAUCGUUUCCGGGCGGGGGGGAGGCAGGUUUCCGGGCUUGGUUGAGGAGUCGAUGUGUUUUGACACCAGAGCAUUCAUUUUAUCACUACCAUGGGGUCGAUGCUAUCUGGGCUAUCUUCCGUCGCACCUUCCCCAUUAUCAACUCGAUCCUCCAAUACGAACCCAUUUUCCGUGCAUGCUUGCGUCACUUGUUGAGACAGCUCGCGGCCGACGGUAUCCGAUAUGUGGAUUUCCGAGCCGCGUUUGUCUUCGAAUAUAGACGUGAAGGAAGCGAGGCACCAGAGCCGGACUACAUCGAGUGGUGUCGUGUGUUCGGCGAUGAAAUUGAGAAAUUCAAAUCCACCGAUGAGGGAAAGAAUUUCUACGGGGCCCGCAUUAUCUGGACCACUCUUCGCGCGCUAUCAAACAAGCAGAUUACGGACAGCAUGAAGCAAUGUAUCGAGACCAAACAGACAUUCCCAAACCUUAUUGGCGGAUUCGAUGUGGUUGGACAGGAGGAUAAAGGACGAACACUGGUCGAUCUCGUCCCGAUCCUGUUCUGGUUCCGGAAACAGUGUGUGGAAGAAGGGGUGGAAUUGCCCUUCUUCUUCCAUGCAGGAGAGUGCUUGGGUGACGGUGAUAGUACCGACAACAACCUCUUUGAUGCUGUCCUGCUGGGCACCCGAAGGAUUGGACAUGGAUUCUCGUUGUUCAAGCACCCCUUACUUAUUGACUUGAUAAAGGAAAAACGCAUUCUUGUCGAAUGCUGUCCCAUCAGCAACGAAAUCCUUCGGCUCACUCCCACAAUCCAAACCCACCCCCUUCCUGCUCUGUUGUCUCGCGGCGUCUCGGUCGCGCUCUGCAAUGACGACCCUGCAAUCUUGGGUCACGGCCGGAACGGGUUGACACACGACUUCUGGCAGGCUCUACAAGGGUUGGACAACAUGGGUCUCACCGGGUUGGCCACGAUGGUGGAAAACUCAAUCCGAUGGAGUUGUUACGAAGACCAGACGACACCCGAGUGGUUAGCGGACAUUCAUGAUGGUAUGCUGGGCGACGGUACCAAGGCCGCUCGUUUGCAGGAGUGGUAUAGAGAUUUCGAGAAGUUUUGCGAGUGGAUUAUCCUGGAGUUUGCUGAGGAGGAUAUUGAUGAUUGA